GCUUGCAGACGGUGUCAUCCUCGCCGAAAGCAGUUGCACCAACCAGCCCGAUCGCUUGUGUAAUUGAACGGGAGGCCCGUCCCACAAGGCCUCGCCGAUUAGUAAACCAAGCCCCUGGCUGGAAUCACACUUUCACUUUCAGUUUCACUUGCGCUUCCGGCUGGGCACCAAAGCGCAAAGCAAGCGAGAGGUCCGAGCCCAGGCAGCGGGCGCCACGUCUUGGCGCAAACCGAGCGUUAGGAUUUCCCCGGCCUCCUUUGCCUAGAAAACGCCAGUAGCCAGAGAGCAAGGUAUCUCGGCCUAGAAAGGAUCCUUUUCAUUUAGAAUUUGUGUCUUCUCCUCGGUAAUUGAUCGCCAUACACCCAAAGACGCGCACACCCCACCCAAUUUUCAAGCGAGCAGCAUGGAUAAUCAAAGAACGAUGGCCGCUCUGUUGCAGGAAUGCAAACAGAUGCUGGAUCAGAUCUCACCAGAGGUGCAGGACCAGUCUAAGAGAGACGAAAGCAGGCAUCAGCAGUACAGAGCUUUGCUCCCUGAUGAUCUGAGGACCCUCAUCGAAGAGGCAAAGGAAAUGAAGUGGCCCUUCGUGCCAGAAAAGUGGCAAUACAAACAAGCCGUAGACCUGGAAGACAAAACAAACCUGAAAGAUGUGAUCAGUGCAAGGCUGCAUGAGUUACUGGUUUGUCUGAAAGCCUCCAUUGCCAGCAGAGACUAUGUGACAGCAGCUGCUAUUGUGUUCCUGAUUGACCGGUUCUUAUAUUGGGUUGAUGGCUCCAGCCAGCUCCUUCAGAUUGCCAAAAGGCUGCACGAGCUCCAGCCUACAACACCAAUUGCCCCUCAGCUGGUGAUUCGCCAAGCUCGCGUCUCUGUAAAUUCAGGUAAACUGUUAAAGGCUGAAUAUAUCCUUAGCAGUCUUAUUAAUGACAAUGGAGCAACAGGUGUGUGGAAGUACUCAAAAGAAAGUGACAGGAUCCUUGUUCAGUCUGUCUGUGUACAGAUUAGAGGACAGAUUCUGCAAAAGCUGGGGAUGUGGUAUGAAGCAGCAGAGCUGAUUUGGGCCUCAAUUUUAGGUUAUUUCACACUUCCCCAGCCAGAUAAAAAGGGAAUUGCUACAUCGUUGGGUAUCUUGGCUGACAUCUUUGUAUCGAUGAGUGAAAACGAUUACAACCGGUUUAAAGACAACUAUCAGUUUCACCUGAAUCUUCUGAAAGAGUUUGACCACCGUUUACUUUCAGCUGCUGAAGCGUGCAAGUUAGCAGCGGCCUUCAGCCAGUUCACACCACUGUUUGUGCUCACAGCAGUCAAUAUCCGUGGAAUGUGCUUGCUGUCUUACAGCCAUUCAAGCGAAUGCCCUUCCGCAAAGCAGAAGUUUUAUUUGUCCGAAGCAAAGGAGUCCUUUGAAAUUGGUCUCCUUAGUAAGAAGGACAAAGAACCAGUCACCAGCAAACAGGAGCUCCACAGUUUUAUCAAGGCAGCUUUCUGCCUUACAAAAGUGCACCAAAGGCUCUACGGUGAGAGCGAGAGACUUAGUCAAGUGAAUAAGUUGUGCCAGGAAGCCUUACAGAAGCUGUAUGCUUAUAGUCAUUUACCACAUACUGAAGAGCGGGACAAAGAACAGCUUGCCAAGGAUAUCAUGUGCCUUGUCAUGUUAGUUAAAGAGCACUUAAAUGUGCAGGAUUUCUGUAACUCAGAUGCCAAGUCCUACAUUCCAGAUAGCUACAAAACUGGUGUUGAAAAGUCAAUUGUGAACGGUGAAUUGAGCUUCGAGAAAGUCCUUGAAAUGUAUUCCCAGCAUCAUGCAGCGGUCUGUGAAGUUUAUGGAAGUGUUUGCCACAGCUACAAGAUGAAAUCAGGAAGCCUAACAGGAGCCUGUAUAACAGCUUUGAAAACGGAAACCAAAAAUAUGGACACCAUGUGUACCACUGAAGAAAGGUCACAUCAUGGGAAAGACUCUGCAAAGAUCUCGCUUUCACAAAAAGGAAGGAAAAAUCGUGAGGGUUUUCAGGAGCAGAUGCGACAGAAAUUAUUCCAUGCCACUGCCCUUGAUGAAGAGGUAAAGUGCAUUCCUUCAGAAAGAAGUCAAAGACACACUGGUGAUAUUUCAAGUAAUUCUGAUAACAGGAGUGAAAGUUCCAGUUCACUGAGAUCUUGGAGCAAAUUCUCCAAAUCGAGUUCCUUUACUAGUUGGGAGGAGAUUGACUGCAAUGAAAAUGAACUGCCCCAAGAUAAGGUCCAGAAACAAAAGGCUACUGGAGGUAAGGAGCAAGAAUGUUCUGCAGCUUUGACUGAAGAUACUGAAGAGAACUGCCAAAAGCCAGAUCCAUGUGUACUGCUUUCCAGAACUAAUCAGCACUCUCUUCAAGAGCCUCAGAAUGACUGUUGUGGCUCCUUAACGCAUCCCAAUCAGAAUAAUAUAGACAAGACUCACAGAGUAACAGAAUCAUACCCAAAUCUCAGAGAGGACCAUGUAGAGGGAGCAGAGAAUGCUUUGAAGCAGCCACUCCAAGAAACUAGUAGCACCAACCCCCAAAAUAGUAAUGAUCUUUUGAGUCCCACUUCUGAACAAGAUCCCAUUAUCCCAUCUUCAUUAAUGGAUUCCAGGAGCAAGGACUCCAGUGCCAUUUCUAACCAGAAUCUGUGCAGCAUUGGGAAAGGAAGCACAGAAAAUAUAAUAGAAUCAAUAUCUAGACAUGGUUGGCCAUUUGUUGACCCAGAAGGAGAAACUGUGGACACUACUGAAGAUGCACAGAUGAAUUCACACCUGCCUGAUGCCAGGAAAACACCUGCCUCCAUCAAUAGUAGCAUGCCCAAACCGGAACGUGACCGCUUUGUUCAAAAUUGGAUUAAUAAAUCAAACUCUGCAGUGCCUCCAGAAAGCUCCACUGGAGUAUCUGAAAUUGACCCGCAAGCAGAGACAACAGAAGACUGUGAAUUUGCUAGUGAAUGUGGAAAAAAGUCAGCAGGUCACCUUAGUGACGUCUGCAUAGCAAGAGAUCAACCACAUCACAGCUCUGGGCCCACAAAUUCUCCUUUGGGGACAAAGAACCAGCCAUUAGUCAACCAGUCCAGUGACUGUGCUACAACGGAAGAAGAUGACGGCGAAAAGCUAAGGAACAUGUUGAGCAGCAGUCACAGUUCAAGCUCCUCUCUAAAAUCAUGGUACAAAGCAGCCCACUUUUCCAGCAGUUUUUCUGAAUCGGGGAGUCCUUCGUUUUUGAACUCUAGCAGCAGCUCUUUUGUCUUUUUGGAGAGGGCCAAAGAAGAAGCCCUACAGGCUCGUGUUCUCAGUGACGAUGACUAUGGAAGGCUUUUGUCUGGUGUAGGCCAUGCCUGGCUAAUGGAAAGAAUGAAGAAUACAGGGCUCUUCAAGCCAAACCUCUUCGGUAAAGCACACUCUGCCCUCCUUUUGAAAUUCUCCAAGAAAUCUGCGCUGUGGACUGCACAGGAAACUGCUGUAUAUAUUGGGGACUACCUGAGCGUAGCAAAGAAAGGCAGACAAAGGAAUGCUUUUUGGAUACACUUUCUGCACCAAGAGGAAACUCUGGGAAGAUACGUUGGCAAAGAGUACAAAGACGAAAAGGAGCUUCUUCACCAUUUCAGCGAUGUGGAAAGACAAAUGACUGCCCAGUACUACGUGACAGAAUUCAACAAGAGGCUGUAUGAGCAAAAAAUCCCAACACAAAUCUUCUACAUCCCAUCGGCGGUCCUCUUGGUACUAGAAGGCAAGUCUAUACAAGGAUGUGUGAGUGUGGAGCCUUAUAUUCUAGGAGAGUUUGUGAAGUUAUCCAACAACACCAAAGUGGUAAAGCUGGAAUACAAAGCCACAGAAUAUGGACUCGCUUAUGGCCAUUUCUGCUAUGAGUUUUCCCAAGGCAGAGAUGUGGUGGUUGAUUUACAAGGUUGGGUGACUGGUAAUGGGAAAGGCCUCAUCUACCUGACUGACCCCCAGAUCCAUUCUCUCUCUCGGAAAGAAGCAUCAUGCCUGACAAACUUUGGGAAGAAAGGGAUUUGCUAUUUCUUCAACAAUCAGCACACAGAAUGCAAUGAAAUCUGCAGACGCCUUUCAUUGACUAGACCUUCAGUGGAGACUUUGAGAAAAGAGAUUUCAAGUCACUUUUGACCACAAAUCUAGAGAAUUUGUAGCAUUGGGUGUUCUAGCUAUGAUAUAACAGUCAAAUUGUCUGCUUCUUAUGUGCUUUGUAUUUUAUUUUAUUUUUAAAAAAUAUGUAAAACAGGCUGAAAUGAAGAUUCUCUAGAAAAGUGACUGAAACAGAGCUAAGGGGAAAUAUAAAUCAUUUGCACUGAACUGUAUGGUGGUUUAGCUUUAAAAAAAUAAAAUAAAACACCUUUUGGAGUAGAGAGCAGAAAAAUCUCCAGCUAUCAGAACAGAUAUAUUGUCAAAAACUGCUCUUUUCAGCCAACUCCUUCAUUCAUCACCUCUUCUUGUUCCAACUUCCCAGACAGCAUUUUAAAUCUGCCCACUCUCACAGAUCUAUUCUCCAAUGGUGGGAUGGAUGCAGUAGCUGUUCUGCUACAAUGACCACUUCCAUUUCGUUCGCUGCUCUUGCAAAUGGGUGGAGGGGGGGUUGCUCUCUUGCUCACAGCUAUAGGAUAUAAACCGCUGCUGGUUUGACACUCGUCCUCUUUGAAUGUUUUGUGGUAUGUGUGCUGUCCACAGGCAUCAACAGUGCUUGCCCUGGGUAAAAGCAGCUGUCGCGUUUUUCUUUUUUGCUACUUAUGAAGCAAUCUUUUGUGUUUUUAGAUCAAAGCUUGUAAUUCAUGGAUGUGACCUCCUUGGACUUUUUGUCAGCUACCACCUGGAGAAAUGGAAAGAAGCAAAAAGCAGAAUUACAGCCAUUGCACUUCCCAAGCAUUCACUGAGGAAUAUUAUAAUAUAAGAGAUUGCUCUUCCUCUCCCCAAAGCUCAGCAUUAGGGGGCAUUCUCCCUCACAAAACCCAGCGCUAUGAAUUUGGAAUGACACAAAAGCAAUGCUAUGCUCAUGCAUAGCACCCAUUCAUUUCACUAGGACCGGUGCAGGAAAACCUCCCUUCGGAUUGUACCCUUAGACUUCCCCCCGCUCCUCUUUAAAAGUAUCUAUCAGUGCAGCUUUCCCAAAGUAAAACAAUGGUGGGAUCCCUGCUAUAGACCAGACAUCUGUUUUAUGCCACCCCUGUCAUUUGGAUUUCUGUGGAGCAGGUCUAAAGGCCAUUUCACAUGACCCUGGAUGCCUGCCAAAAUGUGAGUUGGCAGUUUGCAGGCUGAAUUUGUUCAGAUAAAUGGUUGUGUGAUUGCAUCACUAUGCGCUCAACUCCAUCUAUCGUCAUUCGUUCGUUCAGUUUAGACUCCCAUUUUGUCACUCUGCUGUUACACCUUUUGGGGUUGGCACGACACAAUACGUUAUGAUAAAGCAAGAUCUAUCAUAAGAUGUUGCAGCCCCACAAGUACUGCUUUGCCAUAUGGAGAAACCCACCCUGCCUAAUGACCAACUCAUUUCAAUAUGAUAUGAAUCAGUCUUAAAGAUUGCGAUCAAACCAUUGGUGAUGCUUGAUACACAUUAGAGGCUAUUUAUGCAUGAAGAGGGUUCUAAAUUGUGCAAUCGAGGUCACCACACUACAGACAUUUAGCGCAAGCUCAUGGAGGGUGAUAGAGCUGGGCCGUCAGGAACUAGAUAAU